AUGGUUGUCCACAACGUCCGCAACGCCGAGGAGUGGAAGGCGACCCUCAAGGACAACGACGUCGUCCUCCUUGAUUGCUUUGCCACCUGGUGCGGUCCUUGCAAGGCCAUCGCCCCCAUCCUGGCUCAGGAAUCCGAGAAGCCGGAGAACCAGGGCAUUCACUUUGUCAAGAUCGAUGUCGACGAGGUCCCCGACGUGAGCCAAGAGCUCGGCAUCCGUGCCAUGCCUACCUUCAUGUUCUUCAAGAAGCAGGAGAAGCACCAGGAAAUCGUCGGCGCCAACCCCCCCGCCCUCAAGAAGGCCAUUGCAGCUGUCGUCGCCGAAUUCCAGGAGGAACAGACCAAGGCCAAGGCCGCUGCUGAGAAGCCUGCCGAAUCAACUGAGGCGAAGCCGGAGUAG